GCGGAAGUGGCGCCAGGCGGAUGGAGGGAGUGUCGUGUAAACAGUGUCCUUCCGCGCGGCGGCCUCGGAGAGAGCUGCGGCCCGGGGAAGGGGGCGCGCCUGGGAACCGGGAGCUUCUCUCGUGCCGGGGAAAGGCGGCAGUGGGCUGGGAUCGCGGCGGCCCCGGGCGUGUUGUCCAAUGGCUGGACGGGCUCCCGCCCUGGGCGGAGGAAUCCCGGGCUGUGAGGCGGUUGGAAUCAGGGCCCAUGUGCUUCUUUGUUUACUAAGAGCGGAAGCGCUGGCGGGAGCGGGGGUGGGGUGCGCGACCAGCCUAGUGGCGGAGGUCCUGGCGAGAUAAGGGGCUCAGGAGACUCAAAGAAAGUGGGGGAUCAUAGGGAUGGAAGGAAAGCUGACAACCUUGAGAUCGGAGUGUGGGGCGCCAGUGAGGAAGGGCGCUAGGGUUUUAGUUAAACUAAAGUAGGGACCGGAAUUCCCUGGGGAAGAAGGUGUUGGAUCGCCCUGUGAACAGCCACAGCCUCUUUAUUCUUCGCUGAUUAAAAAGAAACUUGUGAAAAAAAGUUAUGCCCACUUUGGGGAGAAUUCGAAAAGGUUAAGAAGUUCUUACAAGAGUUCUACCAGGAUGAUGAACUUGGGAAGAAGCAGUUCAAGUAUGGGAACCAAUUGGUUCGGCUGGCUCAUAGGGAACAGGUGGCUCUGUAUGUGGACCUGGAUGAUGUAGCUGAGGAUGACCCUGAGUUGGUGGACUCAAUUUGUGAGAAUGCCAGGCGCUACGCAAAGCUCUUUGCUGAUGCGGUACAAGAGCUGCUGCCUCAGUACAAGGAGAGGGAGGUGGUAAAUAAAGAUGUCUUGGAUGUUUAUAUUGAGCAUCGGCUUAUGAUGGAGCAGCGGACUCGGGACCCUGUGACGGCCCGAAGCCCCCAGAACCAGUAUCCCGCUGAACUCAUGCGCAGAUUUGAGCUGUAUUUUCAAGGCCCAAGCAGCAACAAGCCUCGUGUGAUCCGGGAUGUGCGGGCUGACUCCGUGGGGAAAUUGGUGACUGUGCGUGGAAUCGUCAUUCGUGUCUCUGAAGUCAAACCCAAGAUGGUGGUGGCCACUUACACUUGUGACCAGUGCGGGGCAGAGACCUACCAGCCGAUUCAGUCUCCCACUUUCAUGCCUCUGAUCAUGUGUCCAAGCCAGGAGUGCCAAACCAACCGCUCAGGAGGGCGGCUGUAUCUGCAGACACGGGGCUCCAAAUUCAUCAAAUUCCAGGAGAUGAAGAUGCAAGAACAUAGUGACCAAGUACCCGUGGGAAAUAUCCCUCGUAGUAUCACGGUGCUGGUAGAAGGAGAGAACACAAGGAUCGCCCAGCCUGGAGACCAUGUCAGUGUCACUGGUAUCUUCCUGCCCGUCCUGCGCACUGGGUUCCGACAGGUGGUACAGGGUUUACUCUCAGAAACCUACCUGGAAGCCCAUCGGAUUGUGAAGAUGAACAAGAGUGAGGACGAUGAGUCUGGGGCUGGAGAGCUCAGCAGGGAAGAGCUGAGGCAGAUUGCAGGUGAUGUGCAGAAGGCACUGCUGCUCCUGCUAGUGGGGGGUGUGGACCAGUCUCCUCGGGGCAUGAAAAUCAGGGGCAACAUCAACAUCUGUCUGAUGGGGGAUCCUGGUGUGGCCAAGUCUCAGCUCCUGUCAUACAUCGAUCGCCUGGCCCCCCGCAGCCAGUACACAACAGGCCGGGGCUCCUCGGGAGUGGGGCUUACAGCAGCUGUGCUGAGAGACUCCGUGAGUGGAGAACUGACUUUAGAGGGUGGGGCCCUGGUGCUGGCUGACCAGGGUGUGUGCUGCAUUGAUGAGUUUGACAAGAUGGCUGAGGCCGACCGCACAGCCAUCCACGAGGUCAUGGAGCAGCAGACCAUUUCUAUCGCCAAGGCUGGCAUCCUCACCACACUCAAUGCCCGCUGUUCUAUCCUGGCUGCUGCCAACCCUGCCUACGGGCGCUACAACCCUCGCCGCAGCCUGGAGCAGAACAUACAGCUGCCUGCUGCACUGCUUUCCCGGUUUGACCUCCUCUGGCUAAUUCAGGACCGGCCUGACCGUGACAAUGACCUACGGUUGGCCCAGCACAUCACCUACGUGCACCAGCACAGCCGGCAGCCCCCCUCCCAGUUUGAACCUCUGGACAUGAAGCUCAUGAGGCGUUACAUAGCCAUGUGCCGAGAGAAACAGCCCACGGUGCCAGAGUCUCUGGCUGACUACAUCACGGCAGCAUACGUGGAGAUGAGGCGCGAGGCUUGGGCUAGUAAGGAUGCCACCUAUACUUCUGCUCGGACGCUGCUGGCAAUCCUGCGCCUUUCCACUGCUCUGGCACGUCUGCGAAUGGUGGACGUGGUGGAAAAGGAAGAUGUGAAUGAAGCCAUCAGGUUAAUGGAGAUGUCAAAGGACUCACUUCUAGGCGACAAGGGGCAGACAGCUAGGACUCAGAGACCAGCAGAUGUGAUAUUUGCCACUGUCCGUGAACUAGUCUCAGGGGGCCGAAGUGUCCGGUUCUCUGAGGCAGAGCAGCGCUGCAUAUCUCGUGGCUUCACGCCUGCUCAGUUCCAGGCAGCUCUGGAUGAGUAUGAGGAGCUCAAUGUCUGGCAGGUCAAUGCUUCCCGGACGCGGAUCACUUUUGUCUGA